AUGUCCUCCACCACCGUCCCGACCCUCCCGUACGUGCCCCGAGUGGCACAGUACGCCGGCUGGAGAAGGCUACCCCUGCGCAUGCGCGUGCAGGGGCAAGCUCUCCUGUCGGCGGACUCCACGCCACCGACAACCCCCUUAAGCGCCGGCGAGCGCUCCGAUCGCGCCAGUGAGCGCCAGCACGCGCGCGCCCCCGCACCGCUUGUGUCCGUCCACCCGCGCCCGCUCGAUGAGGAGGGGGAAGCUUACCUGCUCCUGAACUUACACCGCCGCCCUGGUGAGUUGCAACCGAAGGCCGAGGAGUCUCCCGGGCAGGUCUCUCCUCAGCAGCAGCAGCAGCCCUCGACGUCUGCUGCGCUCACUUCGACCGCGAUGCCCAAGCCUUUGGAUAAGGGCAAGGCGAAGGCUGCUCCGGAGCCUACCCGGGCUCCCGCCCACGACAUCUUGAGGCAGCGUCUUGAGGAGCGCCUCGCUCGCGAGACGGAGCAGGAGAUGCGGAUACCGCUCGCGCCAUUCUCAACAGUCUGCGCGGUCAAGAUCGAGAAUGCUCCCGCUUCUGCCUCGACUUCUUCUGCAGACCUCAAGCGCGUCCCCGAGCUCUCCGGUAACGCCGCUCAGGACGUCAAGGCUCAGCGCGAGGUUGUGAAGGAAGUUGAGCGCGCGCUGGAGGAGUUCGACGAGCAAGUCCGCGCGGCGUCGCCUGUUCGCGGUUCACCGGCUUCUCAGCCGCAGGAACUCGAACCCGAGAAGGAGGAGAAAGUGAAGGAGGUUGAGGACAAGGUGGAGACGCGGAAGAACGAAGAGGGGAAGGAAGAGACAACGACUGUGCUGGGGAAUAUCGAGGCGGAAGCGCAGGAGGUGCCCAUCAUUGCCGUCAAGACGCCCGCUGAGACGCCGGCGCCUUCCCCGGCCGCGGAAGCCGUCAACCUAUCGGUUCCCGAAUCCUCACUGACGCUGUCGACCCCGCGCAUCCUACUACGGACGCCGAGGCUUCUACCGAGACCCCAGCCAGACACAGUCCCGACUUCGGCAGCCGAUGACGCCGCCAUACCCGCGGAGGAGCCGGCUUCAAUCGAAACAGCGGCGCCUGCACCGGUCGUUCUACCGGAAGAACCUUUGACUGUCGAGGCGCAGCCUGUUGCCGUGGAGGAGUCUACCUAG